AUGGCUACAUGUGUUGGCGGCAAUCUGAAUGUCAGCCGUAGUGGAUAUGAAAUACAACAUAUCCAAAUCAAAAGCGAUAAUUCCGCCGGGAAGGGGUUACAUUGUGGUGUCAAAGUCAAUGAGUUGAGUCGAACACGCUGGACCCAAACCCGUUGGACGUCAAACCCGUCCAAGGAGCCCAUUCACCCAUUGGACCCGAACCCGUUGGAUGAACCCAUCAACCUGUUGGAAGUCGAGCACGCUGGACGAUUAUAUCAGAAGGUAGAGGGGGGGGUUCAAAAAUAUUGGAGUUUUAAAGAGCAUUAUCCCAUACAAUAA